CUUUGCCUUCGCGGGGUCUCCAAGAUGCACGCUCUCGGUCCUGCUCCUGGUUGCGCGCUUUCGGUCCUGCUCCUCCUGGUUGCUUCGUGGCGGGGCGGAUCGACGGCGCCUCUCGCCCCGCCGGAGGUGCACAGCCUGCAGGGGAGCUGGCGGUUGAGCAACGGGAACGGCUCGCUGGUGCUGGGAGGCGAUGUGCCCGGGUGCGUGCACACCGCGUUGCUCCGACACGGUCUCAUCCAGGAUCCUUAUUACAGAUUUAAUGACCUGGCCUACGCAUGGAUAUCCUUGGAUAACUGGACAUACAGCAGAGAUUUCAAAACUCCCUUUGAUAUCAGGACAUGGCAAAAAGUGAGUUUGGUUUUUGAUGGGGUGGAUACAGUAGCACAGAUUGUGGUCAAUAAUGUCACUGUUGGGAGGACAGACAACAUGUUCAACAGAUACAGCUUUGAUAUUACCGAUGUGAUCAAGGAGGUCAAUGCAAUUCAUGUUAAUUUUGUCUCGGCUGUUUGGUAUGCUGCAGAGCAGAGUAAAAAUCACCAAGCAUACAGGGUUCCUCCGGAAUGCCCUCCACCUGUACAGAAAGGACAAUGUCACGUUAACUUCAUCAGAAAGGAGCAGUGCUCAUUUAGCUGGGACUGGGGCCCCUCUUUCCCUACUCAGGGCAUUUGGAAGGAUGUCAGGAUUGAAGCGUAUAAUCUUUGCCGCCUGCUUUAUUUCUCGGUGACUCCUCAGUAUGUGCAAAACACUCAGCAGUGGAGUCUCAAAAUAGAGCUGGAUUUUGAUGUCAUCAGCUCAAAGCCAGUUGCUGCUCUCGCGACUGUGAGCAUUCCUGAGCUGCAGACGCAGCAGACAUUCACAGUGGAGCUUCGUCCUGGUGAAGGCAGCACUGUGCUGCUCGUAAACAUAAGUAAGGCUGCAGCACUGGAGACUUGGUGGCCAAGAGGACAUGGGAACCAGACUGGGUACAACAUGACAACUACAUUCAUUGCAGAGGGAGGUUGCAAGAUUGAGAAGCUUUCUAAGGUUUAUUUUCGAACAAUAGAACUUGUAGAAGAGCCCAUUCCUGGCUCACCUGGUUUGAGUUUUUAUUUCAGAAUCAAUGGACUCCCUAUUUUUAUGAAGGGUUCCAACUGGAUUCCAGCUGAUUCUUUUCAAGACAGAGUGACCUCUAAAAGGUUAAGGAUCCUCUUGCAGUCGGCGGUUGAUGCCAACAUGAAUAUGCUCCGCGUAUGGGGAGGAGGCAUAUAUGAGCAAGAUGAGUUCUAUGAAAUAUGCAAUGAACUAGGAAUCAUGAUUUGGCAGGACUUUAUGUUUGCUGUUGCUCUUUACCCAACUGACCACAGCUUCCUAGACUCAGUAAGAGCCGAAAUUACUCAUCAGGUAAAGCGGUUAAAAUCUCACCCUUCUGUCAUUUUAUGGAGCGGGAACAAUGAAAAUGAAGCAGCAAUUGCAUACAACUGGUUCUCUAUUCCAAGCACAAAGAAGAGCGUUUAUGCCGACGAUUAUGUCACACUUUAUGUAAAGAACAUCCGAGAGAUUGUUCUUGCUGAAGACGAGACUCGCCCUUUCAUUACCUCCAGCCCUACCAAUGGUGUGGAAUCGGCCAAGGAAGGCUGGUUAGCCCAUGCUCCUUAUGACACUCAUUUCGGAGAUAAUCAUUACUACAACUAUGUGAGUGACUGCUGGGAUUGGACCACCUUCCCCAGAACACGAUUUGCCUCAGAGUAUGGCUUUCAGUCCUGGCCUUCCUUCAGUGCCCUGGCACAGGUGUCAUCUGAGGAGGACUGGUCUUACGUGAGCAAUUUCUCCUUGCAUCGGCAACACCAUGCUCACGGCAAUGACCAAAUGCUUAAUCAGGCAGCUCUCCAUUUUAAGCUGCCACAGGAAGGAAACCCCCUCAAGAACUUUAAACAUUCCAUCUACCUCACUCAGAUUAUGCAGGCCCAGUGCAUAAAGUCCCAAACGGAGUUCUAUCGUCGUAGCCAAAGCGAGAUAAUCAAUGGGGAGGGGCGCACCAUGGGGGCACUAUAUUGGCAACUCAAUGAUAUCUGGCAGGCUCCUUCCUGGGCUUCUCUGGAAUAUGGUGGCAAGUGGAAGAUGCUCCAUUAUUUUGCGCAGCGUUUCUUCGCUCCUUUAUUGCCUGUGGCGUAUGAAGAUAAAGGUGCUCUCUACAUAUAUGGAAUCUCAGAUCUUCACACAGAUUAUGAGCUGACACUCAGAGUCAGUCUGCAUGAUUGGGGUUUGACAGAGCCAGUGUGUACCUUGGCUAAAGAGGGUGUGCUCAUCAAGGGAGGAGCAGCUGUCCCCAUCUACAAGGAGCCCAUCAGUGACCUUCUGAAACGAUGUGGAAAUUGUACCAGGCAAAGCUGUGUUGUCACCCUUUCCCUUGAGGGUGAAGAGGAGCUCUCCAGCCCAAGCAAUUACCACUUCCUGUCCUCAUUGAAGGAUGCAGUGGGAUUAAAGAAUCCACAACUUCUUGCUUCUGUUUCCCAAGAAGGAGAUCAGUUUCAGAUUAUCCUGGAAGCCACAGCCAUCGCUCCUUUUGUUUGGUUGGAUGCUGGAAACAUCCCAGGAAGAUUCAGUGACAAUGGUUUCCUUCUCACUGAGAAACGAAGAGUCAUACUGUUCUACCCUUGGGAAACCACUAGCGCCAAAGAGCUGGAGAAGUCGCUCAGCUUAACAUCACUGACAGACAUUUCCUGAGGAAAGGCCUGAAGGAGGGAGAGGAAGCUGAAUGGAAACGGGAAUGAAACGCCGCAGCAAGAGAGGCACAAAGUAGGACCAUUAAACAUCGUUCUUGUGCCAGCAUCUUCAACACUUGGGACCCUUUUGUUCAGCGGACUGGACCCCAGAGCAAAUCAGCACGGCGACAGAACAAGGUGACCUCGUAUGCUAAGAGAGCUUAAUGAAAACAGUGAAAUGAAGUGCAUAGAAUGAUGCUUUAGUGCCCUCAUUUGCUUUCCUCUGUAUUCUGGCACCAGGGCUUUUUAUUUAAGAUGGAAGGAUGUGCUGCUCCAGUAUUAGACUAAGGAGCCACACUGAUGCAUGUCUCAGAUUAUAGG